AUGACAAAGGCUGUAAUGGUGAGGUGUUACCUGCUCUGUUUACUAACUCUUGCACUGUGUUGUGCUUGUGGGUUAGUAUGGGCUGAUAGUACUAAAGCUUCAAAUGCCCUUAUUAAAACUUCUACUGUCGGUGUUCCUUCUCUUGUUCAUCGUGCUGUUCCUGCGUUUAUUAUCUGUUUUGGUGAUGAUGAGGAUGAUGAUGAGUGUCACUAUAAGAAGGAAGAAGAUGAUAUUGAGUAUAACGAGGAUGGUGUUUCUCGUGUUGUGGGUGAAUUGGGUUCUUCAAGUGGCCAUUCUUCCACUGCUGCCGAGGUACCAGGUGCUGCUCCUGGUUCUAAACAGCAGGGGUCAAAGACUCCUGAAGAGUUAAAUGAAAGAACCCAAGUGGAUCAACACGAGAAACAAAUAACUGAGAAUCAGGAACAACCGGGAAAUGGAGAAAUCUCCACACCAUCUCAAACUUCAGGGAUUAAUGGUCAGGGAGAUUCUAUACCCCUUGAGGUAUCCCCUCCUGCAGAGUCAGGUAGAGGAUCAGUGGGAAGAGAUGGAAAUACUGAAGAAACCACAACAGUGUCUGAAAAACCAUCACCAGAAAAUAAACACGCUGCUCAUCAAAGAACGCCAUCGGGUGGACAACCACAGGAUGGCACAAACACUCACAUUACACCAAAUGAAGAGACCCCAGUCACAUGA